AUGUGCCUCAUUGUUCUUCUAUUUAUAACAGUCACACCAUACCUUUCUUGAACUCCCCCAAUACCUUCUUUUUUAAUUUUUUUGCCUUUUUGUUCUCAAACAAGAAGGUAGAGAAUAGAGAUAGUAUGGAAGAGUUCGGUUGUCUUUGGAGUUACCAAGAGAACAUUGAUGAGGUGAAGCAGAAGCUUAUCUACACCACUCUUGAACUGGAUACAAUUAAAAUUGAAGCAAAUGAGGAAAUCAGAAAGAACAAGGAGAAUAUGAGGAAUUUACACAAUCUUCUGAAGAUUGCAUAUCAAGAAAGAGAUGAAGCUAGAGAUCAGCUGCAAAAUCUCCUAAACAAGCUCAUGGCUUCUAGCCCAACUGAAUAUCCCAAUAUACACCCACAUGUCCACCCUGAAAGUCCUCUAGUAAUACCUGCUAAAGCAAACUCUAGCAUAACAGAAUCUAACAGUCUAUCUGAAACAUAUAACCACCAAUCAUAUGGCUCUUCCCCAGUAGAUUCUCUAUUUGAUGCUGUUUCAUCCCCAGAUUUCUCAAACAUUAAUGUGGUUGAUUCAGGUAACGUGGGGUUUGUAAAUCGGCCCCUUGUUCAUGACUAUAAUGGCUCUAUGUCCACAGAUUUAGCCUCUCCUGGAAAGGCAAAGAUUGAUCCAGCUUCUGAAGUAAUUGAUAAUCUUGUUAAAGGAAAAGCUUUGCCUCAAAAGGGAAAACUCUUACAAGCUGUGAUGGAAGCUGGUCCUUUACUUCAAACACUUAUUGUUGCCGGGCCACUUCCUCGUUGGCGAAAUCCUCCGCCUUUGCAACCCUUCAAAAUUCCUCCUUUCUCCAUCAAAGGUUGUGAGACUGCAGAUUUCUCUUCUAAAUCUCCUGCAAAUGCUGGCUACAUGGUCCAAAAACCACUGAAUUCAUCCACGUAUCCUGUAAUGUCUCGUGGGACUUCUCGAACUUGUUCAGCAGCCAUGUUAAAUUUUGCUAGUGGCCCUUCUAAUUCAUAUUCAAACAAUAUGAGGCCACUGACCACAAUUUCUAGUUUUAACAAUCAUGUCCCAGCAGGCAAGCGACAAAGGUUUCAGUAAAAUCGCUGAACUUUGCUUCACUUAUGUAAAAAUCGAAAUUCAGUGGUUGAAGGUGUAAAUGGGAUACUUUGUUUUGGGGUUUAAAUAUUGAAAUAUUGACAUAGCUCUUUAACUUGGUUUA